AUGGAGCCCUUGUUCGCGGGCGUCUCCAAUAACGCCCACCAUCUUUACACACUGCUUUCCUGUAUUGGGUUUGCAUCCAAAGCAACUGUCCAGAUUACCCCCGAUGGAUUGCGCUUCUCGGUAGAAGAAAGCCGUGUUAUUCAGGGACUGGCGUUUCUCGACAAAUCUCUCUUCACCAGCUAUACAUUCAACCCGACGACAGGCCCCGAGUCCAAUGGCCACAAUGAUCAAGAGCAAGAUCCUGAUGGUAUCUCAGAGAAUUUGAACUAUCCACAUUUCGUGGUCUCGCUCUCAGCCCUGCUAGAAACAUUGAAGAUCUUUGGCAUCAACGAAUUACCCGAGCCUGGCCGCGACCGAGACACCAGCAUACCACAAACCAAUCCUGUAUCAUCGAGUGCGUUCAAUGCCCCGGCCUUGCUCAUGGACCGUUCCUGUACUCUGCAAUAUGCUCAGCAUGGCGCUCCGCUCAGCAUCACUAUCACCGAGGCUGGCGUGAAAACAACCUGCGAGUUGGUCACCUACGAGCCCGAGGAAGACGAAACCGACAUCCCACUACAGCGUGACGCUAUUAUCAUGAAGAUCAUCAUGCGGUCCGCCUGGCUGCACAAUGCCAUCGCCGAGCUCGACUCGGCCACGCCCACCAUCCUAAAACUGUCUGCCUGUGCAAAGCACGAGCCAUAUUUCGCUCUCUCCGGCGCCGGCGGCCCCUUCAGCGAGUCCACCGUCGAGUUUUCAAUUGAUCAACACAACGAGAUUAUCGGUGGUGGCCCCGGUCCAGGAAGCAUGCCGUCACAGACACACCAUAAGGUCUUGGCGGAUGACGGCUCGUCUCGGGCUCGCGCUACCAGAACCAAACUGGCACCCACCGUCACGGAAACUUUCCUGGUAUCUCCGCCCUCUGCGAUGGGUGAGCGGAUUAGACAGAGCUAUCGGUUUGCUUUGGUUCGAAAAGCUGCCCGUGCCAUGGCUGUUGCCAAUAAAGUGAGCAUUCGUGGUGACCGACAGGGGGUUCUGAGUCUUCAGUUUAUGAUUGAGCUGGAUGAUCAGAAUACCGCUGUAGGCAGACCGGUAGGCGCUGGUGUCAAGAAUCCUGUGGGCAAGGUAUGCUUUGUGGACUUUCGGUUUGUGCCACUGCUGGACGAGGAAGAGGCCGAGAUGGAUAUGCAAGAUGAUGGCCAAUAA